AUGUCUGAAUUAAAAAUGUCUGAUUCAAUUGAUUCAGUAGACUUAAAAGUUCGAUUAAAUAAAUAUGGAUACAAGUAUAAAUUUAUUAAAUUAUCAGAACUGGUAGCUGACAAAAGAUAUGAAGUUACUGCUUUUGAACUUGUUAUUAUUAAUGGGUGGGAUAAAGUAUCUGUUGUAUUGGAUAAUAAAUAUAAGCUCAUUUUACCAGAUAGAUUUUUUAAGACUUUUUCUGAAAAUAUAUAUGAAAUGAAUGAUAAAGAGUGGUCUACACUUUACCUUUAUUACAGGUAUAAAAAAAAUACUUGA